CAGUAGAAGAUUUGUGUUUAACACAUAUAUUUGUUAAGAUCUAUUGCUCACACGAUAUCAAAUGAUUCCAUGUAUCUAUAACACAACAGCGAUAAAGCAAUUCUUAAUAGUUUCUUUACUUCAUCAGAAAAGUCCCUAGCUGGAAAUCUUGUAGGGACAGCCCAGUUAUUUCUAAGAUAAACAUAAAUCGGCGCUUUUCCUGUUCCAGAGUUGGAAUCUUCUAAUGAAUUUAUUGAAAUAUAUUAUUACUGAGGUUUUUGCUUCUGUAGUAGCGGUUUUAUAUGUCCAUGUAAUGUAGUAAACUCUACGGAGUGUAGGUGGUGGGCGUAGUACUUAUAGUGUAUAAGUUGUGACAUAGUCAGGAAAUAAUAUAUAUAUAUGAUAUGAGUAUAUGUAGUAAGAAGUAAUAUCUGUAUGACGUACUAUCAACCUGUUACACACUUUAAUUUAAUGUAAACAUUGAUUUCAUUGAUCGCCACAGUAGACUAUAAAUUACCCAGCCGUGAAGUGCGUCAGUGAGCAGUGUGUGACAUUGAGGAAAAGUGACAGCACCUUCGCCUCCGAUCUAUCAACUUUAUAGUCAUUUCUGAUGUGGAAAAACACAGUAAAAGUUUCGUUAGUGACAAUGCUUUUGACAAGAUGGCCGCAACAUGAUGGAGACUUUAGACAAAUGUUAGGCAAUAAAUGUGUGUUUAGAACUAAAUGUACUAUUUUAGAGAAAGUGGUAAUUUUUUAGUGAGAGAAAAUAUGGUCUGACCAGAAACAACCAGUUGCCAGUGAAUAGAACAGUUGACAUUGGUGACAAAAGGAUGAGAAUCUUAAGGAAAUAUGAUAGAUACAAAUAUUCCACAAAGAGUUCACAAGAUCUCACGCGAUGCCGGUACUGUCUGCAGUCAGAAUAUCAAUGCUUUACCGAACGAACUCCUUGCUCGAAUAUUUUGGUACCUUCACCCAAUUAAAGAUACACUUCCGGUUCUUGCAUUUGUCUGUAGAAAAUGGCGAGCUCUUCUCUUGAAUAAUGGUUCAUUAUGGCGUGUGAUACACGUUGACCCUCGAGGUUAUGUCUACUGGCAUUUCAGUAUGUUGUGUUGCAUUUUUCGCCUCUUUGGUCAACACAUACAAAAGCUAACCUGGACUGACCACUCGCCAGUGUACGAACGCGUGUUUUCUUUUAUUCCACGUUUAGGAAACCUGAAAUACCUUAGACUGCCAAUUCUGUGGACUAAGUCGGUAGUUGAGACUCUGUCUUCUCUAACACGACUAGAGAAUAUACAGAUCAAUGGUGGAUUCGCUCUAACAGAUGAUGAACUGGAAAUGAUUGGAAAAUGCUUCCCAAAUUUACUCGAAAUUUCUUUAAAUGCGUGUUGGCGACUGACUGCCAAUGGUAUAGAAAAUCUAGUGGACAGCUUGACCUGCCUUCAAACAUUGAAGUUAAAGAUAAAUUCGGGUCUCCGCCUGAGCGACCCCAGGAGUGGACAGGCCAUACAAAGAGGAUAUGACAUCACAAAGUGUGUCAUAAAUGACGUCAGAUUCACGCUCGUGCGUGUCUUGUGUUUGCACUUUGUACCAAUUGAAAUGGAGGAACUUUGGGAUUUGGUUAAGAGACUGAAACGCCUCACGAAACUCAGCAUCAGCAACUGUGAGCAUCUUCACGGAGUACGAUUGGUUUCCAGUUCUCUACAGAAAUGUUACCUGUUCAAUCUAUGGAAUGUUCUGUUUGUAUGUGUAAGAUCUCCUACCUUAAAACUGUUAACAAUAGACCAUGGCAUGGAUACUAUGGAACAUGUUGAAUUGGAUUCGGACUCGCUGAGACGUGUUACAAUCGACGGGUGUAACGUAAUGCGCACUCUCCGUGUGACAAGCAGACGACUGACCUUCAUGGAGUUAUCCAAGUGUGAGAAUAUUGACAUGAGGUCAUUUCACGAAACCCUCAGGAAUAAUACGUCACUGCUCUCUCUCCGGCUUGGUUGCAUUUCACAAGACAGCUUGACUUUUGACGAGAUGAUGAUUCCAAAUUUACAAGAAUUAUGUCUUCUUGGGGACUUCUCUUGUGAAACUUUGCACAUCAGAAGUCCAACGCUUAGAUUACUACAUACGGAAUCUGAGAACGACAUCAUAACGCUGAAUCACAUGUACAUCACUGCCAACCACUUGUGUAAAAUAGCACUGACAGGAAUGCCUGCCCUGAAAACUCUCACAAUCCAGUGUGUCAGUGUUGACUUUAUAGAGAUGAAUCUAUGCAGUGAUGAUCGGCUCAACCUUGAAUCCUGUGUCAUCCACGCGCUGAACGCUAUCGGGUUUCUUCGUUUAUUUGAUUGUAAAGUGAAUCUUCUAUCAGUAUGUAGCCCAUUGGUGAGAACCAUUGUUCUAUAUAGGUGUCAAAUGACAGAUUACGUCCUUCAAAUGGCUUUAAAUGGAUGUCUCAACAUAGCGUAUCUAAAUCUCGAAAAGUGUCGCGAGAUCAGCAAAGUGUCUGUUCAUUCUCCUUUAAUGAAGUUUUUGAAUUUGUUUGGAUGUGUCGAUAUACAUAGACUUGAUCUGGAAUAUUGUCCACAGCUAAUGGCCCUGAAUGUCGGCCAAUGUACAAACCUGCGACUGUUCAUACGUGGUAUAGAGCAAAAACUCAGUUCUCUAUGUCGUACGUAUGACAUAGUUCCCCCUCAGGAAACAGUCAGGUGGAGUCACGACUUUCCUCCUAAACCAUAUAUCUGUGAAAUACCAAACAGUCACAUUCAGUAAACAUGAUACAAGAUAUACCAAAAGAUGUAAAAGAGAGUCUAUUUCUGAAUGUUUUUCAGUUGUAUGAUAAUCUGCAAUAGCGCACAAAUUGUAAAUAUUUUUUGUAGUGUUAGCGUCACUUUUAAAGUUUAUACAUCUUA